GGUACAUUAUUCUCCCUCCCUCUAUAUAUUUUUUUAAAAAAUAAUCAUGACGUUUGACUAAAACAAAUAGAAGAAUAACCUCCAGACGACACCCUUGACCAUUGAGUGUAGUAUGUCAUUCUUUCAUCAAAUGAGUAGCUAAAAAAAUCAGUGAAAGCCAAGUGUGACAUUGUUUAUCAAGAUUCAAUAAGGGGUCUUUGAGAUUCCACCGUAACCAGACACGUACAUUCAACAAAACAACGCCAACUACCCACAUAAAGCCGCAGCGUACCCCGCACCCCCACUAAGAACCAACCCCCUUUUUGAUUAAUUUUGCAUUUAAGUUAACAUCUUCUUCUUGGAAAUUCCGAAAACAAAAAGCCCAAGAAAACCCCAUCAACAUAUUAUUACCAGAGCCUUGGUUUUUCAUCAGGCUUUGGGGAAUUCAGACAUGGAGUUUUCGUGGAAGUUGUUCUUCAUAUCCUUUGUUUUUCUUGCUGUGGUUGUUCCUAAAGUCAAAGCGGAUUCUGGGUCAUCGUUAGAUGAUGAAGUUGAAGUGGUCAAAUCGGAUGUUCCCAGUUUUCAAGAAUUGGAACAUCUUAAGUCCAAGAUCCAAUCUUUAGAAUCAAACGUUGAGGAGACUGUGCGAGCUCUUAAAGGAAAGGAUGAGUUGAUUUCUGACAAAGAGAACAUAAUAAAAGAAAAGUCAGAGAAGAUUAAGUCAUUGUCAACUGAGUUGGCCUCUCUACGGAAAAAGGGAACACUGGAUUCUGAGGAGCAAGUUGGGAAGGCCCGUGCACAAGUUGAUCAGCUUGAAAAGCAGGUUGAGAGAUUAAAAGAUGAAAUUGAAACGAAGAAUAAGGAGAGAAGAGACUUCGAAGCACAUAAAGUUGAAACCGAGAAAAGAGUAUCUGAGUUAAACUUGAAGGUUGACAAGCUCCAAAAGACAAUUGACGAACAGAAGGAGAAACUGAAAAAGACUGAACGAGCUCUUAAACUUGCUGAGGAGGAAAUGAUUAGAGCAAGGUCUGAAGUCACUUCGAAGAUGAAGGAGCUCAUGGAGGUGCAUGGGGCAUGGCUUCCACGUUGGCUUGAAGUUCGUAUGACUCACUACAAGUCUCUCUUGGAGAAGCAUUGGCAGGAGCAUGGAAAACCUGCUAUGGACAUAAUGAUACAGAAGGCAGUUGAGAAGAAGGCCCAAGCUGAGGUAUGGGCAGCACCACAUAUAGGGACGGUCAAAACAAAAUGGAUGCCAGCUGUGAAGGAGCAGUGGGUGGUAAUGACCACUAACCUCAAGCCACAUGUGGAAUUGGUGAAGACCAAAGGAUUUGAGAUUUAUGAGACAUGUAAAGGCGCCGUAACUCCACAUAUUGUCAAGGUUCAGGAACUAGCAGAACCUCACGUUCAGGAACUUAAGAAAUUGAGCAAGCCAUACAUUGAUCAGGUUGCCGCUGCUACAAAACCCCAUAUUGAAAAAGUUCGUAUUGCUGUAAAGCCAUGUACAGAUGUGGCAGUUCAUCAUUAUGGAAAAUUCCUUGAGUCUGCAACAGUUUACCAUCAUCAGCUGCAAGGUACAGUAGAUGAAACACUGAAGAAACACAAGCUUACAAGACCUCUUGCAACGGAGGAGUUUGUCUGGUUUGCUGCUUCAGCAGUGUUGGCUUUGCCAGUUAUAAUUCUGUUCAAACUUUUGUCUGGCAUUUUCAGUACAAAGGCGAAGAAACCUACUCGACAUAGUACUUCACACCAUUCACGUCGCAAGUCCAAGAGGGCGCACACAGACAAGUAGGCAAGGUAGUACAAUGGGUUCAUCAGAGAUCAAAGUGUUUUGCAGAUGGGUUGCGUCAUUGAUGCAUUGGGCGUUUGAAGUAUCAGUCGAUCUGCAGAUUCUUUUGUUUUCCGACUUCUGCUUAGAUUUUCCGUAUGUGCAUAAAGCAUGAAUGGGGAGGAUGGUGGGUGUGAGAAAUUUUACUUUUUACUAUUACUGUUUUUUACUAUGAAUAGUGUUAAUGUUGUUUUGUGGUCUUUCCACUAGCUGUAAGGUUACAAUAUGGUGAAACUUAGUUGUGUAUUAUUUAUCAAAGUUGUUGUAUUAUCAUCUUCACAUUCAUAUUUGAUCAUAGUUGUAAUGACGGGAGAAAGUUUUAUGAGUUUUAUGUUCGAAAAUUAAACAAAGGAUAAAUAUAAACAGUUUUAUUAUAGUA